AUGACAGCAAAACUCUCAAAACUUCAGUCUGGCGAGCUGACGAUGUUGGAGUUUUUACAAACAGCUAUUGAAGCCAAUCUGAGUGACGAAAUUAUUCUCCAGCUGAAUUCGACUCAG